AUGACGGGACGCGGACGUGGCCGAGGAAGCGCAGGCGCAUCAAAGAUGAAGAUGCCAAACCUCUCAAUGGCAGGCAAAUUAGAGAGUAAAACGGAGCAGAAUGGAACGCAUGCUGGCUUGCCUGGCCAUGGUCCUGGUUCUCGCAGACGUGGAGCGAGAGGAUUUAUGCGCGGUGGACGAGGAGGAAGAGAUGACGGUUCAUACAAAGGACAACAGAUCAUUCACUCGGAGGGAAUAUUCUCAGGAGGAAUUGGCACGCUAGAAAAAGGAUCAAGAAGAAGUGAGCCGGGUUCUCUAACUAUAAAAGAAGAGGCCGUAGCAUUAGCUCAAUCGGAAGCUGUUUUACCACCAAGUGGAACUGAAAAAGUCUCGAUUGAGAGUUAUGACCAAUUUUGGGCAAUUGAUCAAGCGGAAGAAGAUACGGAAAUGAACGAGAUUAUGGGUGCCAGUAUAAUCGCGGACCUCAAAAAGGGCAGGAUACCACCAGUAGUAUUGCCAAGGCACGAAGAGCUCCAGUUUUUCGAUCUUUUGCCGAAACAAAUAAAAGAAGAAGUUUUUACGGAUGGGGAAAAAGUUGAGGAGAUAAUGAAAGAACGAGAGAAAGAACGAAUACGACAAACUAAAAGCUACCAAGAUCAAGUGGAGAUAGACGACGAUGAUUCAGAUCCAACCUUCACAUAUGGUCAGAAAGCAGCUCAGGUCUUGCGACGUUUAGCACAAGUCGGUGAAAACAAUGACUUCAUUCUAAUACAGUUACCUACCAUACUUGGCGAUUUGUCAUCUCGCGUCAAAGCUGGUGAAGCGGUUGUGAAGCAGGAAUUGGAUAUUGCUCAGUCGGCUUCCGAAAUUGUUGCUGGACCAUCUACUGUUGAUUCACCCGUCAUAGCGGAACCGGCCUCUCUACCUAGAGGUAAAGAAAUUGGCACAAUGUCCAUUACUCGGAAGGGAAGAGUUUACUUCAAAGUUGAUGGUCAGAAAAUUGACAUCACGUCUACAGCCGCUGGAACAACUGCUGAGGGGGUGCUUGGUAUAGAGAUUCACAACGAGGAUGUUCCUGAAUCAAGCGGUCUGUUCGGUUUCAAUCCCGCACAAAGAGCUCGAAUGAACGCCGAACGAGGGCAAAAUGCGCUGUAUUACUUUGGUGAAAUUCAACAUCAUAUGACAGCUAGUGUCAAUUGGAAAGAAAUGAGGCAAUCUUCAAAGGGCUUCGAUGUAUAUAUGAAAAAGGAGGACGAUGAGCAACCAAUUCCAAAUAUUUAUAAAAAGCCUCUUCGUUCUUCAAGCGAAUACAAAGCUGAGCUCGAAACUCUCCAAGGUGAAGGCCGAAAGAUGAUAAACGAGCUCAAAGGGGUCCUGAAAAACAAACGUCCACAU